AUGGAGGUUUUUGGUGAGGCUGCACCGUACCUGCGCAAAUCAGAGAAGGAGAGAAUAGAAGCCCAGAACCAGCCAUUUGACGCCAAGACUUACUGCUUUGUGGCUGACCCCGAGGUGGAGUACACCAAAGGGAAGAUCAAGGCUGCACAGGAUGGGAAGAUAACUGUUGAGACAGAGGAUGGCAGAAUGGUUACUGUCAAACCUGAUGAUGUAUAUGCCAUGAACCCACCUAAGUUUGACAAAAUUGAGGACGUGGCCAUGUUGACCCACCUGCAUGAACCUGCCGUCCUCUACAACCUCAAGGACCGCUACAGCUCCUGGAUGAUCUAUACGUAUUCAGGUCUCUUCUGUGUCACUGUCAACCCCUACAAGUGGCUGCCGGUGUACAACCCGGAGGUGGUGUUGGCCUACCGAGGCAAGAAGCGCCAGGAAGCCCCUCCGCACAUCUUCUCCAUCUCUGACAACGCCUAUCAGUUCAUGCUGACGGAUCAUGAAAAUCAGUCUAUCCUAAUCACCGGAGAAUCCGGUGCAGGGAAGACUGUGAACACGAAGCGUGUCAUCCAGUACUUUGCAACAAUUGCGGGGAGUGGGGACCUAGCCAAGAAGAAGGAGUCCUGGAUGAAGGGUACGCUUGAGGAUCAAAUCAUCAGUGCUAACCCACUGCUGGAGGCCUUCGGGAAUGCCAAGACUGUGAGAAAUGACAACUCCUCGCGCUUUGGUAAAUUCAUUCGCAUUCAUUUUGGUACCUCUGGAAAACUGGCCUCUGGUGACAUUGAGACCUACUUGCUGGAAAAGUCAAGAGUCACCUUCCAGCUGAAAGCUGAGAGAAGCUACCACAUCUUCUACCAGAUCCUCUCCAAUAAGAAGCCUGAACUGCUUGAGAUGCUCCUCGUCACAACCAACCCGUAUGACUACCCCUUCAUCAGCCAAGGGGAGAUUUCUGUGGCCAGCAUUGAUGACCAGGAGGAGCUUGUUGCAACAGAUGCAGCCAUUGACAUUUUGGGCUUCAGCCCUGAUGAGAGAAUGGGGAUUUACAAACUGACAGGGGCAAUCCUGCACUGUGGGAACAUGAAGUUCAAGCAGAGACCAUGUGACGAGCAGGCAGAGCCGGCUGGCACGGAAGAGGCUGACAAAGCAGCAUACCUGAUGGGACUGAACUCAGCAGACUUGCUGAAAGCUUUGUGCUAUCCCCGGGUGAAAGUGGGAAAUGAAUAUGUCAUGAAGGGCCAAACAGUGGAUCAGGUGCACCAGGCAGUGAAUGCCAUUUCCAAGUCAGUCUAUGAAAAACUCUUCUUGUGGAUGGUGAUGCGCAUCAACCAACAACUGGAUACUAAGCUGCCAAGACAGCACUUUAUUGGGGUCUUAGACAUUGCUGGCUUUGAGAUUUUUGAGUUCAACAGCUUUGAGCAGCUGUGCAUCAACUUCACCAAUGAGAAACUGCAACAGUUCUUCAACCACCACAUGUUUGUGCUGGAGCAGGAGGAGUACCAGAAGGAAGGAAUUGAAUGGACAUUCAUUGACUUUGGGAUGGACCUGGCGGCCUGCAUUGAGCUUAUAGAAAAGCCUAUGGGCAUCUUCUCCAUCCUGGAAGAGGAGUGCAUGUUCCCCAAGGCAACUGACACCUCUUUCAAGAACAAGCUCUAUGACCAGCAUCUGGGCAAGUCCAACAACUUCCAGAAGCCCAAACCUGUCAAAGGCAAGGCUGAGGCCCACUUCUCCCUGGUGCACUAUGCUGGCAUGGUGGACUACAACAUCUCUGGCUGGCUUGAGAAGAACAAAGACCCCCUGAAUGAAACUGUUGUGGGGCUGUAUCAGAAAUCAUCUAUGAAAAUUUUAUGCAGUCUUUAUGCCACCUUUGCUUCCAUGGAUGAAGCUGAAGGUGGUGAUAUCAAGAAGAAAGGAACCAAGAAAAAGGGCUCUUCUUUCCAAACUGUCUCUGUACUCUUUCGGGAAAAUCUAAAUAAGCUGAUGUCCAACUUGCGAACAACUCAUCCUCAUUUUGUGCGUUGUAUCAUUCCCAAUGAAACAAAGACCCCAGGCCUGAUGGAUCACAAGCUUGUUCUGCACCAGCUGAGAUGUAAUGGUGUUCUGGAAGGCAUUCGAAUCUGCAGGAAAGGAUUUCCUAACAAGAUAUUAUAUGGGGAUUUUAAACAAAGAUACCGCCUUCUGAAUGCUGGUGUCAUUCCAGAAGGACAGUUUAUUGAUAGCAAGAAGGCCUGUGAAAAGUUGCUGUCUUCCAUUGAGAUAGAUCAUACUCAGUACAAAUUUGGACACACUAAGGUGUUCUUCAAGGCAGGUUUGCUAGGUGUCCUGGAAGAGAUGCGAGAUGAUUGCUUAGGACAACUGAUCACACAGACACAGGCUUUAUGCAGGGGAUACCUCAGGAGACUUGAAUUGAAAAGAAUGUUAGACCGAAGGGAGUCCAUCUUCUGCAUCCAGUACAACAUCCGUGCAUUCAUGAAUGUCAAGCACUGGCCCUGGAUGAAGUUGUACUUCAAGAUAAAACCCCUGUUAAAAAGUGUGGAAACUGAGAAAGAAAUGGCCAUGAUGAAGGGAGAGUUUGAGAGAACAAAAGAAGAACUGGCUAAAUCAGAAACCAAGAGGAAAGAACUGGAAGAAAAAAUGGUGACUCUGGUGCAAGAGAAGAAGGACCUGCAGCUGCAAGUACAGGCUGAAAAUGAAAAUUUGGCUGAUGCUGAAGAAAGAUGUGACCAGCUGAUCAAAACAAAAUUCCAGCUGGAAGCAAGAAUAAAGGAGGUAAUGGAAAAACUGGAGGAUGAAGAGGAGAUAAAGGCUGAUCUGGCAGCCAGAAAGAGGAAACUGGAGGAUGAAUGCUCUGAGCUAAAGAAAGAUAUUGAUGACCUUGAGUUAACAUUGGCCAAGGCUGAAAAGGAAAAGCACGCCACAGAAAACAGGGUUAAAAAUCUAACUGAAGAAAUGACAGGUUUGGAUGAGACUAUUGUGAAGUUAGUCAAGGAGAAGAAGGCCCUGCAGGAAGCCCACCAGCAGGCACUGGAUGACCUGCAAAUUGAGGAGGACAAAGUUAAUACCCUCACCAAAGCCAGGAUCAAGCUGGAGCAACAAGUGAACAAUGUUGAAGGAUCUUUAAAACAGGAAAGAAAAGUUUGUAUGGAUCUUGAACGAGCAAAGAGAAAGCUUGAGGGAGACUUGAAACUUGCCCAGGAAACCAUAGUGGAUCUGGAGAAUGAUAAACAACAUUUAGAUGAAAAAUUAAGGAAGAAAGACUUUGAAUUUCACCAGAUGCAAAAUAAAGUCGAGGAACAGCAGAAUUCAGUUAUUCAAUUGCAGAAGACGAUCAGAGAAUUGCAGGCCCAUCUUACAGAGCUGGAAGAGGAGACCAUGAGUGAGAAAGCAAUGCGUGCAAAAGCAGAGAAGCAUUGUGGUGAGCUGGCUAAUGAACUUGAGGAAAUCAGGGAAAGGCUUGAAGAGGCUGGAGGAGCCACCACUGCUCAAACCGAACUUAACAAGAAGCGUGAGGCAGAAUUUCAGAAGAUGCGUCGCGACCUCGAAGAGGCCACGCUGCAGCACGAAGCCACGGCUGCCGCCCUGCGGAAGAAGCACGCGGACAGCACAGCUGAGCUUGGGGAGCAGAUCGACAACCUGCAACGAGUGAAGCAGAAGCUGGAGAAGGAGAAGAGUGAGCUGAAGAUGGAGAUUGACGACUUGGCCAGUAGUACAGAGACCAUUACUAAGUCCAAGGCUAAUCUGGAAAAAAUGUGCCGCACUCUGGAAGACCAGAUGAGAGAUAUGAAAGCCAAAUUUGAGGAAAACCAGAGAAAUAUGAAUGAGAUGGUGAUACAAAAAGCCCAGCUCCAGACAGUGUCCGGUGAACUAAGCCGUCAACUCGAAGAGAAAGAAACCAUAACAUUGCAAAUGUCCAGAAGCAAGCAGGCAGUUACACAGCAAAUAGAAGAACUUAAAAGGCAGCUAGAGGAAGAGAUCAAGGUAGUGCUAACUACUGAGCACGUGCUAAGGCUUCAGAAUAUAUCAGGGCCUCAGUUCAUUUAA